CUGGUAUCCAGACAUCCGCAACAGUUUUGAACCACCAGUAAAUGGUGUGUUGCACGACCUGAGAAAAACCCAAGAAACCAUGGCAUCGAUCUACGAGUCUCUGAAGCAGGACCUCAAGGCCGGCAAGGUCAUCGUGCCGGGCGAUGCCGACUACGAGGACAGCAUCAAGCGCUGGAGCGCGAGCUGCGUCCAGCGAACUGCCGCAGUGAUCAAGCCCACCUCGGCAGAAGAAGUCAGCACGGCGAUCAGGUGGGCAAACAGCCACGCGCUCCCCUUCACGGUCUGCGGCGGCGGGCACUCGACCUCGGGCCAGUCGUCCAAGGGCCCAGAGGGCGUGGUGGUCGACCUGUCCCUCAUGCGCGCCGUCACGGUCGACCCGGCCGCCCAGACGAUAACCUACGGCGGCGGCUGCCUCUGGGCCGACGUCGACGCCGCCGCGGCGCGGCACGGGCUCGCCACGCCGGGGGGCACGGUCAACCACACGGGGGUGGGCGGGCUCGUGCUCGGCGGCGGGUUCGGCUUCCUCUCGCCGCGCCACGGCCUGACGAUCGACGUGCUCCUCGAGGCCGAGGCCGUGCUCGCCGACGGCACCGUCGUCACCGCGUCCGAGACGGAGAACCCCGACCUCUUCUGGGCCCUGCGCGGCGCGGGGACCAGCUUCGCGGCCGUGACGCGCUUCACGUCGCGCGCGUUCCCGCAGCGCGACGUCUGGGCCGGCGUGCUGGUCUUCUCGCCCGAGCAGCUGGAGGGUGUCGUCGCGGGCGCCAACGAGGUGCUCGCGGCCCAGGACGGCGGCCAGGCGAUGCUGCUGGCGUUCGGGUACUCGCCGCCGGGGCCGGGCGGGGAGCGGGGGCGGGCCAUCGUGGCGCAGGUGUUCCACAACGGGAGCGCGGCCGAGGGCGAGGAGCGGUACGCGCCGCUGCUCCGGGUGGGGCCCCACGUCAACACGGCGGCGGCGAUCCCCUACGCGGCCGUCAACGGGCUCGCGAACGGCGGGGUGCCGCACGGCGGGCGGUACCAGUUCGGCGCGGCGAACGUGACGUACCCGGUGGACGCGGGCGUGGUGGCGGACGCGGCGGCGGCGUGGUGGGGCGGCAUCGAGCGGCUCAGCGCCGGGGGGGAGGACCUCCGCGGCAGCAUCAUCGGGUACGAGCUGUUCCCCAGCGACGUGGCGCGCGGCGUGCCGGCCUCGGCGACGGCGUUUGCGAACCGCGGGCGGUACUUCAACGUCGCGGUGCUGAUGAGCUGGCGGGACGCGCGGUCGGACGCGGCGGUGCGGGCGUUCAAGCAGGAGGUGGCGGGGAUGAUACGGCGGAGGGGGUUCAGCGGGGACGAGGUCGGGGGCGAGGGCGUCGGGCAGUAUAAUAACUACCUCGACGGCAGCAUCAGCGCCGAGGGGGCGUUUGGGGCGAAUGCGGCGCGGCUGAGGGAGCUGAAGCGGCGGUAUGACCCGGAGAACCGGUUUGACAAGCUGUGGAAGCUGGCUUGAUGACAACUGGUCAGUUGGUGUUGGUGUAUAUCGAGUCAGUUGGUGUUGGUGUAUAUCGAUGAUAUGUUACUAGUGGUGUUAUGGGUAGUGGGUCUGAAGUUGUUGCUGGGUAUAGAUAGACGUUGGGUGCCUAUUGUGGGUAGACUAAUAAGACUAAGUAUCCACGACGAUAUCACCGUUCAACUUUCUUCUGCCCUCGACGUUACGGCCAUGGUAUUUCUCUGCCGGGGUCGGGUAAAUAGAGACUG